GAAAGUUUGCAGUAAAUAAAGGAAUUAAAAGGUAAAAAAGCUUAUACGGUGCUCCACACAGAGGUUCUCUCUCCGCGUUGCCAAAGCUACUGGUGUUGGCUCCGGGUGGUGCGAGGAUGUGCGUAAAAAUGUAUCCCACCUUAGUGCAAACAGACAAAAUGAAAGUGAUGAAACUCAAUGUGAAAUAUACGUGCUGCCAUCGUGCCAAUUAAUCCUCCUGUGUGCACGUGAAAUUCCCCAUUGUGUGGAUAAAAGUCAACAUUUGGAAGAGGAUUUAAACGGAGACUAAGAACGGUGCUGCUCAGCAAAAAAAAAUCAGCACUAAAGCGGCUUUAAUCGUCCGUGAAGGAAAAGAAAUUAUCAAAAAGAAGAGAAAAAUCUCCUCUUCACUUCGCCUACAUACUUCUCAUCAACCGUCGUAUUAAAUGCUGAGCCCCAAGAUGCAGAGAUCCGUUCGGGUGAAUGAAAAUCAAGUGAUUAUGCUCUCCGAUCGAGCGUCCUAUGAUCACUCAAUGCACGGAUAUCUACACAAAAGGACAGCUGAUAGCAACAAGUGGCAACUGAGAUGGUUCAUUCUCUAUCAAAAUCUUCUCUUCUACUACGACAGUGAGCAAUCAACAAGACCUUCAGGCUUGAUUUUCCUGGAAGGGUGCUACUGUGAACGCUUAGUUUCGGCUCCGUCAUGCCUCACCCCACCAACGGGUGGUAGCACAACGACCAGCAGCCCCGGAUCGAAAUCAAGCAAAGAAGAGAAGUUACAGCACUGCUUCUCCAUCUCAUAUCGGCGAGAGAAUCAACGACAAUAUGACCUACGAGCCGCAUCUGAGUCUGAAUGUUCUGCAUGGAUUGUAGCAAUACGAGAAGCAAGUUUCAAUAAGUUGCUACUACAAAAGGAGGAGCUUGAACAGAAGCACGUUCACCUGCUCCAGGUGGUGGAGAGUGAAAAGACGGCAAAAUGGCAAUACACUCAACAAUGUGAGGAGUUGGCAUCUGAAAUAAAAAAGCUCCGUGCUGAGAUCUGUACACUACGCAAGGAAUGCCGCACCUCCGUGUCAGCCACCCCAGUUGGUCGUGGUAGCUUCAGUGCUGGCUGCGAAGCCCCCGAUGAGCACCCCACCAUGACGGGUCUAUGUGCUCAGGUACAGGACUCUGUGGAACUGAGGAAGAUAAAAAAGGUACAAAGCUUCUUUCGAGGUUGGCUGUGUCGACGGAGAUGGAAACAAAUAGUUGAGGAGUACAUUAAAUCGCCACAUGCAGAAAGUAUGAGGAAGAGGAAUAGCUUGGUAUUUUCCAUGGUAGAAGCUGAAGAGGAGUACAUGGAACAACUGGAAGUUCUCGUGUCAUGCUUCCUGCGACCUUUCAAGAUGGCAGCCAGUUCCAAGAGACCACCAUGUUCACAUGAGGAUGUAAAUUCGAUAUUCCUCAAUUCAGAAACUGUCCUCUUCCUUCAUCAGAUCUUCCUCAAAGGACUCACAUCGAGGCUAGAAUCUUGGCCAACGCUCGUUCUCGGUGAUCUCUUCGAUAUGCUCCUUCCGAUGCUGAGCAUCUAUCAGGAGUAUGUCCGAAAUCACCACUAUUCCCUUCAAGUAUUGACUGAAUGCAAGAGCAAUCCGGCCUUUGCCACCGUCCUCAAACGCCUGGAAGCCAAAGCUAUUUGUCAGGGGCGGAGUCUUGAGACUUUCUUAACAUAUCCAAUGCAUCAGAUACCACGAUAUAUAAUAACACUCCACGAACUCCUGGCACACACCCCACACGACCACGUGGAGAGGAAGAGUUUACAGAAUGCGCGCCAACAGCUCGAGGACCUUUCGCGUCAAAUGCACGAUGAAGUGUCCGAGACGGAGAAUCUGCGCAAGAAUCUCGCCGUGGAGCGAAUGAUUGUGGAGGGUUGUGAUAUUCUCUUGGAUGUGAACCAGGUUUUUGUGCGACAGGGCAGCUUAGUUCAAGUUCCACCGGGGCGCGGAAGGAUUCGGUCACGGCUAGCAUCGUUCAAAAGUGAACGUGAAGCGGUAAGGCAGUGUUUCCUGUUCUCCAAUCACAUGAUUAUUGCCACUAGGACAUCCGGAGGGCGUCUACAUCUAAUUCAGGAUAUGGGAAAAAUUCCCCUAGCCGAUACAACCCUCGUCGAGGAUCCCAGUGAUUCUGAACGAGAGGAUGAAGGAGACCCAUCGGUGUGCCCACCAAAUCAGGGCAGUUGUCUCAGUGUGAAUGAUUCGGUGAAUGCUUCUCAUCGGGAUUUUAAAUUAAUUGUUGAAAGUAAGACAGGCUCCCGCCACUUCAUACAUCUCGUAGCACCGACUGUCCAGGACAAGGAGGCAUGGAUCAGUGACAUCUCCCAGUGCAUCGACAACAUUCACAUGCACUCAAUGCUGUCGCCGGGCUUUGGUGGAUCCGUAGGAGGAUCCCUAGCUGCCCACCAUGCUCUACGUGCAGAUCCGCGCCUCUUCAAGGACGACGUCGAUAUCCGUUUCUCGCGCACCCUUAAUUCUUGUAAGCUGCCCCAAGUACGUUAUGCCACACCUGAGAGACUUCUCCAGCGUCUCACGGAUCUCAGAUUUCUCUCAAUUGACUUCCUCAAUACGUUCCUUCUCACCUAUCGCGUCUUCACGGAUGGUGAGACGGUACUCAAUGCACUCAAAAAAGUCUUCUAUGACCCACCAACGGAUCCACAGUGUGACUGUGAGCCACAGACAGAUUUCCUCGACAUUCCCGGAGCCUACGAUGGAAGGGUUUCUCCACGUCGUACCUCAGGGGCAUCAUCAGUCUCUGGGUAUUGCUCUGAAGGAGCUGACAGGGAUAGAUCAAUGAGUGGAGAUUCAGCAGGGCUGCGUCUCAAAGGUUCCCGGAGGAUGCUGCAACAGCAAUCAACGCAGGAGGAUGCGGGUGGACUUUCCUGGAUUCCCGAAGCAAGUGGACCAGUAAUUGUUCAUGAGCAAGAAAUUGAGGGAACAACCGCUGUUGAUGUUGAGCCACUGCCUCCACCACCAACUGAGGAGACCACUAAUGUUACAAAUACCCAGGAUGAUGCAUUCUUGGCCAUACCUCAAACUAUUGCUACAUCCAGCAGUGCUGACACACUAACUGAAACAACCGUCAUUAGUGGCCCAUCGUCUCCAUCGAAUCUCAGCUCAGUCACACUUGUGGGUUCCACUGGAUCCGGUGGGCAGGAGAAGACAGAUCUAACGCCAACGGAAGGAAAUGUGCAAUUUAAGUAUGGCAAAGCCCCAACGAGUCCCCUUCCGGAAAGGGUUAAUAAGCGAAAGUUGAGCCAACAAAAAGAGCGUGAAGCAAGUACAACGGCAUCCGAUACUAUGCCCGUUAUUUCUCCACCCACUGUAACCACCACCCCCUGCAUCACUACUCAGGCUUCCCAUGAGGAGAUCCCAAGGAGUAAGGGGAGCUUCUCGAGUGCAGCAGGAAGCAGUGGGGGCUUGAAGGUGAACCUCCUGAUGGAUCGAAGACCAAGUGCUGGGGCAAAUGUCAUCCCUCAGGCAGCAUUGUGUCAGCAUCGCUACAGCUUGCAGCUAAAUGGAGACGGUGGGAUUUAUCGAGGUGAGAGAUCUAGCCCACGUAUGGUACAUCGAGUCCCCAAGACGCCAGAAAAGCAGAAGAAGAGCUUCUUUGGAACACCUCAGCGAGAACCACCAAGACGUUUCUCCGAGAGUGAUGAUGAUGCUUCAGCAUCACUAUAUACAACACCAAGGGGAUCCCUGGGUGGAGCCUCCUUGGGUACAAUCUCCUCGAGAGCCUCAAUGCAGCACGAGCCGGUAGUCCAUUGUUCCAGCAAAGCGGGCGUUGUUAUCACAUCGUAUCGUCCAUCGAAGCGCAGUUUGGGACCUGAUCCUCUUUGGAGUAGCACAUCGACGGCAGCAGCAGCUUUUGCCAUCGCUAUUUCGGGCUCCAGCAAUCCCCGGGAUGAGCCCCCUGAAGUUGAAGCCCGGAAUCGCAAAGAAUCCGUCGUGAGUUCUCCUGCAACCAUGAGGGUGCUCAAUGUUCUCAGGCAUUGGGUGUCGAAGCACUUCCAAGACUUCGAACAGGACGCCGCUCUGCGCUCGCAGACAAUUGCUUUCCUGGACGACAUCACAUGUAGUCCAAAUCUUUUGCCAACCGAGCACAGAGCGGCGUCCCAACUGCUGAGACUUCUCUGUCGCGAAGACAUCGACUGUGGACGGAAGCAUCUGGAAACGCUCCUGACACCCCCACCAUCGCCUAGCAAAGAGAGCAUAGAGACCCUGUCCGCCCUUGAAAUUGCCGAACAAAUGACAUAUUUGGAUCAUCAAAUUUUCCUCGCCAUAAGAAGCGAGGAAUUUCUUGGUCAAGCAUGGAUGAAAGCUGAUAAAAAAUCACGUGCUGAGCAUAUUAUUCAAAUGACAAAGAGAUUUAACGACGGUUCUCGGUUGGUAUCGUCCGAAAUAAUAUCAAGGAGCAGUAUGGCAUCUCGAGUGGCAGCAAUUGAAAAGUGGACUGCUGUCGCUGAUAUCUGUCGUUGUCUGCACAAUUUCAAUGGUGUUCUGCAAAUCUGUGCAGCUUUCACCAAUGCAGCGGUCUUUCGCCUCAAGAAGACAUGGGACAAAGUGCCAAAGACUAUAAAGCAGACAAAUAUCAAGUUGCAAGCCGUUGUAUGCUCCGAUGGAAGAUUCCGUGCCAUGAGAGAGGUACUUCAUCGAUGUGAUCCACCAUGUAUUCCAUAUCUAGGGAUGUAUCUCACGGAUUUGUCCUUCAUUGAGGAGGGUACACCCGAUUUCACACCCGACGGUCUUCUCAAUUUCUCCAAGAUGAGAAUGAUUGCACAUGUCAUUCGGGAGAUUCGUCACUUCCAGCAAACACCCUAUAAAAUUGAUCACAUUCCCAAAGUGACCAACUACCUCCUGGAUACAUCACUACUGCUGGAUGACGAUGAGCUCUACUCACGUUCACUCCAAAUUGAACCCCGUAGUUCGCGCCUGAGUGCACCGAACACGGCGAAUGUCUAGCUAUAGGCCACCUUUCGUGUCUGUCAAUUCGCUAAGCGCUUUGACAGGCACUCCAGGUCACUGGACAAUCCUUUCUUAUGAACACACUCGCUGGAACAUUGCACUGUGAGCUUUUCUGUACAUAAUAAUACAACAUUUAACAAACAGUAGGUACGACAAAAGAAUGCACAUGUGGUUUAGGUCGAAAGCAAACACUUUUCUUAUUUUUUUCGUUCUUUUACAUCUUUUAUUUUUCGCAUUAUUGGAAUUUUGAAGCGUAUGUGAAGCGUCUCAAUUGCGUCAUAAUUCUAAAGGAGAUGAUAAAGUAAUAAAAGAAGAAUAUAUUUUUGAUGAAACACAAGCAUAGCGGAAAGGAUGUUUUAAAAGGCGUGGCAUUUUCAAAAGUUUUCACCUAUAAUUUGCAUGCAAAAAAAUUGAGAUCCUGAUGUGCAUGCAAACGCUGUAUAUUUCAUGAGGUGAGAAGGAGAAACAAAAGGAGAUUUAAAGUUAAAAAAAAAGAGUAUUAAAGAAAGUAUUGCCAUAGUUUUUAAAUUAAAUGUUAAAAUUCUAUUUUAACUCUUUCAAUAAAUGAAAUGUGCUGGUUCACAAUUUCAAUUUAUCGUUAGACGAAUUUAGAGAGAUUUAUAACUUAAAAUGAGAUAUUGCUGUUGAACUAUUUGAAAUGUAUUUAUCUAUACUUAAAGGUACUGUGUAAUACUUAAACAUAUCACUGUAGUUAUACAAAUUCUCUAAAGAAUGAAUUUUCUUUUAUGUUCUUCUUUUUGAGUUUAAAAAAAAGUAAACCACCGAAUUCUAUAAAACUGAACUAACUCGAGAACUUUAAAAAAUUAUCAAACUCUUGAUUUUACGUCUCUAUAAGCAAUUUUAAUUUAAAAAAAGAUAUUCUAGUUCAAAAUAAUAAUGAUUUUUGUGAUAAAUUCAAUUUUAAAAAAAUAUACAGUAAAUAGUAUUUAAAAAAAAUUGAAUUUGCAAUUCAUCUUUAAAAUUUCAUUCUUAAAACUAAUUCAAACAUUUUGAUCACAUCAACUAAAAAUUAAUUCAAAAUAAAUAUUAAAUAAUCUAUAACAAAUAAAAUUCUUUUUAUUAAAAAAAAUCCAUAAUUCCAUCCUAAAAAAAAACAAA